AUGGCCAUGUGCCUACAAUUAUUUUACUUGAAGAAACAAUAUAAUUUCAUAGACUUCCAUGAAAAAUCCUCUUCAUUUGACUAUGAAUUUCCUGUUCCUACAUAAACAGCUCCACAUACUGGCAUAAUUGCAUCUACUCACUAAAAAACUAUGAAGUCAUCUAUGUUGUUGUAUUCACUUCCUUUGCUUCUCCUCAUCUCUCUCUCUUUCAACUAUUACAUUAUUGUAUAUAUAUUGCCAGGCUUACCUAUCCUAGGUAAGCCAUAUUCUCAAUCAUUGCACAUCAACAUUUCUUGGUCACAACCUCUUACAAACACUUGCAACCAACAUGACAAAAAAAUCCUCCUUAACAUGAAAAACAUCAUGGGCAAGCCUACCUCCCUUACUUCUUGGGACACCAUAACAGAUUGUUGCUUGCAAUGGGAUGGAAUUCGAUGCGACGAACACGGCCAUGUUGUAUCCUUGCAUAUCAGCAACAUUGAUGAAUACCACCACUGCCACAUUCCGCCUUUGUUGAAUGAGCUUUCAUGGCUUACUGAGCUCUACUUUACUGAUUCCCCUGGCUUAUUUGGCCUCAUCCCAUCAUCUAUUUCUAAGCUAACCAACCUCACCAAAUUUGUAAUUUUUAGGACUAAUGUUUCUGGCCCAGUCCCUAACUUCUUGGGCCAACUCAUAAAGUUAAAAGUUCUUAAUCUUUCUGGUAUCAAGCUCACAGGCCCAAUCCCUAUUUUUCUUAAACGUCUUAAGAGUUUGGAUCAUCUUGAUCUCUCUUCUAAUAGACUCAUGGGCCCUAUUCCUGAUUUUCUAAGUCAAUUAAAGAGUUUGACUUAUCUCGACCUCUCUAACAAUAAGCUCACCGGCCCAAUUCCUCUUGGAUUGGCCCAAUUGAAGAAUCUCAUAGUCUUGAGUCUUGGGUCAAACAAGUUGAGUGGCCAAAUACCCGAGUUUUUAGGCCGUGAGCUCAAGAGUAUAUCUACAAUCAAACUCGAGUCUAACCGUUUCUCGGGCCAAAUACCAACAUCUUUGGGCCAACCUUCUAACCUCACAACUAUUUCUUUGUCCGAUAACCAAUUAAUCGGGUUGAUCCCCAGGUCACUUGGAAGCAUUUAUAGAGAUAAACUUGCACUCGAUAACAAUAAACUCACUGGCGAUGCCUCCUUUUUAUUUGAUGUGUCCCAACUUAGUAUCAACAACAAUCUUUUAAAGUUUGAUUUCUCGAAUGUGAACUUGGGCCUAUUAUUAUGGAGUUUUAAUAUAAGCCACAAUAUGAUAUAUGGGUCUCUUCCUGAGUGGUUUGGGCAAAUUGAUUUCAUGUAUCAUGUUGAUGUGAGUUACAACCAACUUUGUGGUCCGAUCCCAAAUGGUCAACGCUUUAAGCAGGUUGACCCGCUGAAAUUUGCCCACAAUAAGUGCCUAUGUUGUGGGCCAUUACCUGCUUGCAAAAGAUGGUGGAUGCUUUCAUAAAAGCUACUAAGAGUACUUAGCUAG